AUGUCCCCUCCCACCUACAAACGUCUCGACAAGGACAACUGUCUCUUCCUCUUUGUCGACCAUCAGACCGCGCUCUGUGGUCUCGUGCGUGACUUUGAGCCCGUCGAGUUCCUCAACAACGUCAAAGCGUUGGUCAGGCUCUGCACUUUCUUCAAGUGCCCUGCCAUUUUGACCACGUCCUUCGAUACAGGCCCAAACGGGCCCAUGAUCAAGGGGGUCAGAGACGCUCUCCCUGACGCUCCACUUGUCCGUCGUCCUGGACAGAUCAACGCCAUGGACAACGAGGAAUUCGCCGAUCUGAUCAAGAAAUCCGGCAAGAGGCAGAUUAUCAUCAGCGGUGUCCUGACCGAGGUGUGCGUUACCUUCCCGGCCCUCGCCCUCAUUGAGCAGGGCUACGAUUUGUUUGCCAUCACGGAUGCGUCCGGGACCUUUGCUGAACACACACGUGAGGCCACCCACAAGAGGCUGGUGCAACAUGGCGUGCAGUUGCUGAACUGGGUCGCGGCGGCGGGAGAGCUCCAGCGCGACUGGCGCAAUGACGUUGAGGGCUUUGGAGCCCUGUGGGAUGAGUUUGUGCCUUCAUACAGCUAUGUUCUGCAAGGACGGCCCUCGGAGAAGUAA